CGCCGGAGCCGGGGAAAGCCUUUCGGCCCUUCCCGGCACCCAUAGCGUGGCGCGAGCGGUGCAUGCCGGGAGAUGGGGCAGUGGCGCAGGGCGGGAAGCUCGUGGACUCUUCGGUCCGGAUCGCUCUUUCGCCUCGUAGAGUCAACGGCGGGAUCUGGUCUACUGCACGUUGUAGGCUGUCACAUGCGCGGAGGACGCCAUGGAGCAUGUCGGAGUGGGCGGGGUUUCAGGCGAAGGCAGUAGUGCAUGCCGGGGCUUGCAGUGUUUGAAAGAAGAGCCGAAGGGUGUGAUGGGAGAUGUGGCGGCUCGGAUGCGCCUUGCAAAGCAUGCUGGGGCUUGUAGUUUUUUGUCGUCUAACGUGGCCGAGGGUAGUAACCGCUGCUAUCUGUGGUUUAGCUCAGCAAAUUCUGGGUAGUGGCGACCCAGAGAUAAAACAGGUCCUCCCCGUGGCCUUGAGGUGUUCCCAGGCUGGAGCUGGAUGGUCGUACCUCACCACCAAGGAGCAGUUCCACGAAUUCCUGGAAGCCAGAGGGGAGGAGAAGUUCGCCCAGGAAACCGAAGCCAUAGAACCUGAGAGCCAUGACCUGGCAGAGCCUGAGGCCAAGCGGGUCCGGCUGGCGGAUGGGCAGGUGGAAGAUGGGCAGACAGUGGCUGGACAGACAGAGGAAGCAUCUGAGCUCCUGGAGCAGCCUCAGGCUCAGAAGAGGGCCCGAGGCCAGAACAAGAGCCGGCCCCACCUGAAGCCCACCCACUAUGAUGGCAACAGGCUUUGCCCUUCCCUGAUCCAGGGGUCAGCUUCCAAGUGUUUCUUUGGCGACCGCUGCCGCUUCCUGCACGAUGUCGGCCGAUACCUGGAGACCAAGCCGGCUGACCUGGGCCCCUGCUGCGUGCUGUUUGAGACCUUCGGCAGAUGCCCCUAUGGCGUCACCUGCCGCUUCGCUGGGGCCCACCUGGGGCCUGAGGGCCAGAACCUGGUGCGGGAGGAGCUGGCAGCCCAAGGGGCCCACACCCUACCCGUCCGCAACACCCUGGACAAGACCCUGCAGCAGCAGCUGCGUAAGCGCAAAGUCAGAUUUGAGCGGGCCGAGCGGGCUCUGCUCCAACUAAGCCAGGGGCAGCCACUGGGCCCUGUGUCCACUGCUGCUGCCACCCCCGAGGCCGCAGCGGCUGAGGGUGCUCCAGGGCAGGGCCAUGGUGACGCCCAGCAGGCCCUCCCAGGGCCAGAUGCCACUGCCCUUCCCAGCAGCCCCGUGAAGACCUGCGGGCCCCUGACGGACGAGGACGUAAUCAAGCUUAGGCCCUGCGAGAAGAAGCGUCUGGACAUUGGUGGCAAAUUGUAUCUGGCACCCCUCACCACGUGCGGGAAUCUGCCGUUCCGGCGUAUCUGCAAGCGCUUCGGGGCGGACGUGACUUGCGGGGAGAUGGCCGUCUGCACCAACCUGCUGCAGGGCCAGACGUCCGAGUGGGCCCUGCUCAAACGCCACCACAGCGAGGACCUCUUUGGGGUGCAGCUGGAGGGUGCCUUCCCUGACACCAUGACCCGGUGUGCAGAGCUGCUGAACCGCACCAUCGAGGUGGACUUUGUGGACAUCAACGUCGGCUGCCCCAUCGACCUCGUGUACAAGAAGGGCGGAGGCUGUGCCCUCAUGAGCCGCUCCACCAAGUUCCGGCAGAUUGUCCUUGGCAUGAACCAGGUGCUGGACGUGCCACUGACGGUGAAGACCCGCACAGGUGUCCAGGAGCGGGCCAACCUAGCCCACCGCCUGCUGCCAGAGCUGCGGGAUUGGGGUGUGGCACUCGUCACGCUCCACGGCCGCUCGCGGGAGCAGCGCUACACCAAGAUGGCCGACUGGCAGUACAUUGAGCAGUGCGUCAGGGCCGCCAGCCCCAUGCCCCUGUUUGGAAACGGGGAUAUCUUAUCGUACGAGGAUGCCAACCGCGCCAUGCAGACUGGCGUUGCUGGGGUCAUGAUUGCCCGCGGUGCCCUGCUGAAGCCAUGGCUGUUCACUGAGAUCAAAGAGCAGCGGCACUGGGACAUCUCGUCGUCUGAGCGCCUGGACAUCCUGCGGGACUUCACGCACUAUGGCCUGGAACACUGGGGCUCGGACACGCAGGGCGUGGAGAAGACCCGCCGCUUCCUGCUUGAGUGGCUGUCCUUCCUGUGCAGGUAUGUACCCGUGGGCCUGCUGGAGCGGCUCCCACAGAAGAUCAACGAGCGGCCGCCCUACUACCUGGGCCGCAACUACCUGGAGACACUCAUGGCCAGCCAGAACUCGGCCGACUGGGUUCGCAUCAGUGAGAUGCUGCUGGGACCCGUGCCACCCAACUUCGUCUUCCUGCCCAAGCACAAGGCCAACUCCUACAAAUAGCUGUGGGCCAGGCAGCAUGUGUCCGAGGGCCAGGGGUCCCGAGGACGUGGAGCAGACAAUAAACUUUAUUCUUUUAACACUGA